AUGUCAUUAGCAACAACCAGAACUGCAACGUUAAAUAAUGGAAAGAAGAUCCCACUUUUGGGAUUGGGUACCGUUCCUUCAAAUGACAACCCCGCUGGAGUAAAGGACCAAGUGAUUGCUGCUGUGAAAGCAGGCUACCGUCACAUCGAUUGUGCUUGGUUCUAUGGUACGGAAAAAUACGUGGGCCAAGCAUUGUCUGAGCUAUUCAAAGAAGGUGUGGUUAAAAGAGAAGAUUUAUUCAUUACAACUAAAGUUUGGCCAUCAUAUUAUCACAGCCCGGAAAAGUCGUUGGAUGCAUCAUUAAAGGAUUUACAAAUUGAUUAUGUUGACUUACUUUUACAACAUUGGCCAAUUUGUUUGCAUGGUGAUGAGAACGGUUUACCAAGUAUUCCAAAGGACAAAGAUGGAAAUAUUAUCUAUGAUGACGACCCGGCAUCGGGAACUAAGUUUAUUAGCGUUUAUCAUUCGAUGGAGGAUCUUCUUGACAGAUCAACUAAAGUUAGAUCUAUAGGUGUCUCCAACUAUUCCAUCUCAAAAUUGAAGCAGCUCUUACCAGAAGUUAAGAAGCAUAUUCCUGUUGUUGAUCAAAUUGAGUACCACCCUAAGUUACCACAACAGGACCUAGUCGAUUUUGCACAGGAAAAUGGAAUCUUGAUCGAAGCGUACUCCCCUGUUGGAAGUGAAGGUGCACCUGUUCUCAAGCUUCCAUUAGUCAAACUGUUAGCAGAAAAGUACAAUGUUACGGUAAACGAAGUUGCAUACGCAUACCACAUUCUCAACGGAAGAGCAGCAUUACCAAGAUCCUCAAAUUUGGAAAGAAUCAGUACCAAUAUCAAUUUGCCCUCGUUAACUAGAGAAGAACUAGAUGAAUUGUAUGCACUUGGAAAAGAGAGCCCAGAAAGAUACAUCAAUGAUCCAUGGGGAUACGGUUUAGGCUUUAAAUGGUGGAAAGGGGAUACCUUAUCAAAAUAA